AAAACAACCUCCGAAAUUGACAUGUCAUUAGGCGUAAAGAUGAAAGAGGUGAGGCAGGCAGGUAAAGAAGCUUUCAGAAUAACCACAGGCAUAAAGCGAGACUAGUACCGAGUCAACGCCUAAAAUUCUACGCCGUGCACGUCCCUUACGCAGGCAUUAGAGCAGUAGAGCACUGCAUGACAUUGACACAAAUGAUUAACAAUGCAUUCAACAACUCUAAUCUAAGAUUCAUUUUCAAGCCACCAUCACAAAUUAUACUAACAACACAAUGUCAUUUCCAGGUAGACAAGGACAACAUUAUCAAUACAGUCAAGGACAAGGUCCACCACCUCAAAUGCCAAUGCCAAACAAUUACGGUCCACCAGGUUAUCCACCACAAGGAGGUUAUGGACCUCCAUCUGGGCCGCCUCCGCCUCAUCAAAUGGGCGGUGGUUAUGGCGGAGGCGGCGGUUAUGCGCCUCCAAGUGGACCACCUUUGCAAUAUGGUCAAACACAAGGUCCAGUUGGUCCUCCUGAAUAUCAAAACUUUCCUGUUAACUACCAAAGACCACAAGGACCACAACAUAUGGAAAACGGUAUGCAUUACGAAUACAGUAAUAUGCAAGGUCGCCGAAAGGCUUUGAUGAUCGGUAUCAAUUAUUUUGGUACUCGAGCAGAGUUAAGAGGUUGCAUUAAUGACGUUCAUAACGUCAAACGUUUCAUUCAACAACGUGCAGGAUAUCGAGAUGAAGAUAUGGUCAUUUUGACUGAUGAUUCAAAUGAUCCACGUUCUAUUCCAACAAGACAAAACAUGACAAGAGCAAUGCACUGGUUGGUAUCAGGAGCUCAGCCAGGUGAUGCUUUGUUCUUCCAUUACUCUGGACAUGGUGGUCAAGCUAAAGCAACUCAAGGUGAUGAAGCGGAUGGAUAUAAUGAAACUAUUCUCCCUGUGGACUUUGAAGUUGCAGGUCAAAUGGAAGAUGAUGAAUUACACGCAAUCAUGGUCAGACCUUUGCCUGUUGGAUGUCGUUUGACUGCUUUGUUUGACUCUUGUCAUUCUGGUACUGCUCUUGAUUUGCCGUACGUUUACUCUACUUCUGGAAAUAUUAAAGAACCAAACGUGGUUGCAGGAGUAGGAAAAGGAUUGAUGGGAGCAGCGAUGGAUUAUGCUCGUGGAGAUGUGAUGGGAAUGGCAAAAGGAUUAUUUUCAACAAUUACAACGGCAAAGAAUACAAAUAGCGCAGAAGAAAUCACUAGACAAACUCGUUCAAGCGGAGCUGAUGUUAUCAUGUUGAGUGGUUGCAAAGAUUCACAAACGAGUGCAGAUGCUUCAGAAGCAGGAAAAGCAACAGGCGCAAUGAGUUGGGCAUUCAUCACUGUCAUGACUCAAUAUCCACAAUUGACGUACAAUCAAUUGUUAUGCGCAACCCGUGAUUGUUUGGCGGCAAAGUAUAGUCAAAAGCCUCAAUUGUCUGCCAGUCAUCCGAUCGAUGUCAAUAUGCUUUUCGUUUUGUAAUUCUUGUAUUUCGAAAUCUUUAUCUCAAUCUUAUCAGUGAUAUUUGUACUAGAAUCUGUUACAAUGGUCGACGAGCUCGGGCAACGCAAUGCCGGUGCUUUCUAUGGUGCAACGAUAUUGAUUGCUCAUCUUUUGCGCAAACCAUGAGCGUCGCUUUUUCAGCGUGACAAGCUCGAAAUGGUGCGUCUUGAUUAGGGUAUCUACAUGAUUGAGUAUGUAUGUAUUGAAGAAGAAGAAAGUGCUGUGACAAAAGCUAAACUAAUUAUCACUUGGUUGUGGCAUUCCUUUGCAAGUCCAUGAAGAAUCACGUUGACUUGGUUUACCGACAACUUUGUAUCCGUUGAA